AGUCGCGCGAGAUUCACCGACGUGGAGAACCUCGCGCUCCAGUCCUCUUCUUCUCCUUUUUUUGUUCUUUUUUUCCUGCACAGCAGCGCGACUCCUUUCAUACGUCGCGACGUAUCACACGGUUUCACAGCUGUGUGGCAUCGGAUACAGUGAUGUGUGCACCUGUUGUGUGAUUUUUCCGAUUGGAGACGAAUAGGAUGUAAAUAUUUUUGACGAGGAGGUUUUUGCGGCUGUGCGGUCGGAGUGUUUAGUUUUGGGACUGCGGUCGCUCGAUGAUUUUCCCGUUUGUCAGAGGUGCCGGUGUCUCGUUGGGACGGCUUGUAAUCGCUUGUAAUGACGUAGUGUGAUGUGAAAGUAUCGUGGAAAAAUCGGAGCUGCGACUAUGGCUGGAGAUUUGUAAAUUUUGCUUGUUGCAUACGAUUAUUCUCUUUUAUAUAGUUUAAAAAAUAUAUAUACGUGUUUUAAGCGUUAGCGGCUGGAAAAAUAAAAUUUUCAACGGCGUAUUUUCGUACGAACUGCAAGCGCGACGAGAGCUGUUCUACUCUGAGUAAUAAUUAGACGUGGCUCUGAACAGUGUAUUUUUUCCUUGAUUGGCAGGAUGAUAUUACAAACGUGUAUUUUAUAACCACGGAUGGAAUAGUUAUACCUGCCAGCUAUAAAAGAGAAUGCGCGCGGGAUUCGAAAUGUUUAAACAAUCCGAGUAUUUUAUCUCUUCGACUUUUGAUACGAAUAUUUGCGUUUAAACGAAAUUAAAAUCUAUUGUUCGGUUCGUGUAAAAGUUGACGCUUACAAAUGCUAAAACUAUUUUCGGUGAGUAACUAUAUUCCGAUUGAAAACAAAAUUAUGAAACCUGUUUGCUAUUCAAAGAGAUAUUUUCUCAUUUGUCCUUCGGUGCGUUUCUAAUACAGCAAAAAACUAUAUGUUUAAAUGAUUGUGGAUUUUAAAAUAGAGAGAACUCGAGUUAAUGAAGUUUUUAGUGUACAUGUAAAAUAAAUUAUUUGCAAUGUAUAGGAAUAAUUAUAUACUCGUUUCUGAAAAACGUUUUUUUUUUUAAAUAAAUUAAAAGAAAAAAAUUCUAUUGCAAAAUGUAUAAAAUCAAACGUUUCAUACUGGCAGUGACUACAACUAAAAGGAAUUGAAAAAUGUAUAAAGAGAAAAAAGCGACAAACGUAGGAAAAAAGACAGGAAGACUAGGCUGAUAGUGUCAUCCGUGUGUGUAACGGAAACCGCCCGUGAAUACACGAGUAAUUUAUAAAUCAUCAAACAAACGAACAAACUCUCGCCUUGCGAAGUCUUUUACGUGUUGUUCUCGUAAACAUCGACAGGCUGGAUUAAUUUUUAUCUCGGAGGAAAUUGCAUUCUUUGUUUAAUUGAGAUACAAAUUUGCGUAAAAUUGCCGUGCGUGAGAGAAAAACAAAAUUUUGAGAAGACGAAUUUUUGAGCAGAUCAACAUUUUACGUCACUGAUCACCACGUCAUGCAUGCCUCAGAAAUUUAGUGCCGUAAUUCUUUUUUUUCUUUAAAAUGCAAUACUUUAAACACGCCUACUUUUCUUUGUAUAAAUAUAGACGCGAUGCACGGGUUAAUGUUUUUAUCCUGAUGCAUCUACAUAAGUGACUGUCGGUAAAGUGGAGGCCUUUGGUGCAACGUUAAUUAAUGAUAAUAACCAUUUACAUUUUUUAAUUGGGUAGGCGUAACAAGGGGAUCAUUGUGUAUUUAAAUAUUUUUUAAAUAUCCGAUUUAACAUUAUCUAAUAUCAAUCAUUUUAUUGAAAUUUACGUAAUCCUCCUCGUAAAAGUUUUAACUAAAUAUUGACGCUUAUAAUUUGAACUAGCGGUUGGCAACAAAUAUUAUCUCUUCGCGGAAUUUCCAAUGUCGUUAUAACAACGUCGUUAUAGCAAAUAUUCACCCAAUAAAAUUAUUAAUAUUUUCAUUUUCUGCUUUUCUAAAUUCCUUAACGAUCAAAACUUUUUUAAAGUUUGGAAAGAUCGAGAUUUUUACUUUUCUUUUUGUCCAGCCACUUCUAAUCCUUGUAACCAUUGAAAUGAAAUCUUUAUCAUCUCGGGUACAUUUGCAACGAUAAUACUCAUGAAUAAACUAUUAAAGAUGAAACUAUAAAAGUAAAAUAUUUCAACAGCUAUAUAAACUAACUCUAAAAUAAUAAAAAAAAGACAUCGAAAGCACAAAUUACUUUCUACAAUUCCAACGAUUAUUUACAAUCUUCGCCACAAUAACUUACAAUCGCAUACAGCACUUCCGGUCGGAAUGAAAGAAAAAGCCCUCAUAUCAGCCAGACCCAUUCGAAAACUCCAUACAUCCGUCCUCGAGACAUCGAUACCCGAUCGGUCGAGCGCACGCAAAACCAACCCGGCAGUCGAAGCCGCACUUAACUAUCCACUCCGAUCACGGUACAGCCGUCGAAAAAAGAAACCUUAUUAUAAAAAAAAGGCCAUCAACAGCGCAGCAGCACGAGAGAAGCUACCGGCCGAAAUAGAAGAAAAAAUUUGAAAAAAAUCCAGACUUUGCGGUAUAGCACCAGAAGAAAUCGUCCGUCGUCGCGUGUCAGCGUCGCGCGAUAUUAUGGCCUUACGUGCGCGUAGGAGCAGCAGCGAGUCCUCGGUGGUGGUGCUACCGAGGCAUCGAGUCGGAGCAACUGGACGGAGUAGGUUCAGUCCUCGUGGACUUCUCGCCGCGCAGCAACGUCGACGAAGACACUACGAGCCACUCGACGAUACUCGUAGAGUUAAUCGAGUCAGGUCAGCGGUUAGCAGUAGCAGCAGCAACAGCAGUAUGGCCAGCACCGACGAUAACAAGAUGCAACAAGAGACGCUGAAGACCAGCAGUGAUAAGGGAGAGAACGUGGAGAACAGUUGCACCGACAAGGCGGCGUUUGGUUAUGGGACCACCAUCCCACCCAACAAUGAAGCGAACGAAAAGGAUCUCGCUUCGAAAAAAGUCAUUUUCUGCGUGCACGGAAAACUUUCCGGUUGCUGCACGCUGGUCAAAGGAGGAAGUGUUGAAGACUGCGCACCCAUUGAUUUUCGGUCAAAUUCCACGCCUUUUGAGGAUCACUGUCACCGAGAGAGGAACGAAGAUAUCGAUAAAAAGGCACGUAAAAAGCUGAUAAUCGCCAGCGUAUUAUGCGUCGUUUUUAUGAUAAUGGAAAUAGUCGGAGGAGUGAUGUCGAACAGUUUGGCGAUAGCCACUGACGCGGCUCACUUACUCACCGACUUCGCGUCCUUCAUGAUAUCAUUGUUUUCGAUAUGGGUGGCGAGCAGGCCGCCGACCAAGAAAAUGCCCUUUGGGUGGUAUCGAGCUGAGGUUAUCGGAGCUUUGACAUCGGUUCUGUUGAUUUGGGUGGUGACAGGUGUUCUGUUCUUCCUUGCGGUUGAGCGGAUAAUCAACAAGAACUUCGAGCUCGACGCUUCCGUGAUGUUGAUCACGUCCGCGGUGGGAGUUGCCGUUAAUUUAGUAAUGGGCCUAACCCUGCAUCAGCACGGUCACGGUCACGGCGGCCACAGCCACGGUCACGACCACGGCCACGAUCACAAUCACGGCGCCGUCAAAGGCGAGAAAUCCGAUCACGAUCACGAGGGCAGCGGCGAGCUGGAGACGAGCCACAAACACGGAGCCACCGACAGGAACAUCAACGUCAGGGCUGCCUUCGUACAUGUGCUCGGCGAUUUCAUUCAAAGCGCCGGCGUCUUCAUUGCCGCGCUCGUUAUCUACUUCAAGCCGGAGUGGAGCAUAGUGGAUCCGAUCUGUACGUUCCUCUUCUCGAUUCUGGUGGUGCUGACCACAGUGGCCAUCAUCAAGGACGUCAUCAACGUCCUCAUGGAAGGUAUUCCCAAAGGCUUCGAUUACUCGCAGGUCGAGAGCACGUUUAUGCAGAUCGACGGCGUCGUCAAGGUCCACAAUUUGAGAAUCUGGGCUCUCUCCCUGGACAAGACCGCCCUGUCGGCUCACCUCGCCAUAAGACCAGGAGUUAGCCCCCAGACGAUCCUGCGAACGGCCACGAGGAACAUCCACGAGAAGUACAGCUUCUUCGAGAUGACUCUUCAGAUCGAGGAAUUCGACGAGAAGAUGGAAAACUGCAAGCAGUGCAAGCCUCCGGUUCAGUAAUCGUGUACACGCGCAGUGCAACAUGUAUUGAAAAGUAUAAUAAGCCAAUACGUGCCUAAUAACGGAGGUGAAAGUCCGAGAAAUUUCACGAGUAGCCGAAGGUGCUGCUUAGGUAAAUAGCAAAGAAAAAAGAAGAAGAAGAAGAAAGUGCGAGGAACUCUAUUAUAUGUGUAUAUGCAGCAGUAUUGACGCAUUUUAAAGACGAUAAUUUAGCGUGUUCAACGAGUAUUUUGUUUUUAGAGUUUUCUGUUGUUUUUUCUUUCUUUCGAAGUUCUUCGUUCUGUGCCGAGAGACGAUAAGAAAGGUGAGAAAAGUGAACGCGUACGCGAGAUUAUGGCUGAGUGGUGAGAAUGCGGUUUCUUUUUGUCAUUCGCGUGAGAGAGAAAGAAGCGUCAACAAAUUAUUGUAGAUGGGAAGAGAGAGAGUGUAAAGUUCUUAGAAAAAGUAAACUUUUUUUAACGCGACGAUCGUCGUGUGAUCUUGAUUGAUUUACUCCAUAUUAUAAACGUCACGACACAUACUUAUAAUUUGAACAAAUUAUCGAGAACAAUUUUAUAUUCGUAUCAUAUUCCUGAAUUAAUUAUGUCAUUUUUCCCCUAUUAUACAUGUGAUGUUUAUGUAAUGUUAUGUAAGGAUUAUAAGAUAUUAUAUUCCAUCAGUGUACUUAAUGGAUAGUUAUAAAAUACACUUUGUCCUAAUGAGCAUUUUAGGACGAUGUUAUAUCAUUAUUGUUAAAUAAUAAAAUAUGAAAAUUCAA